AUGCGUCUCAUUGUUGCUCGAAACUUAGAGAAAAAUGAAUGGAACAUUGACAAACUGUUAUGUAAGUUUAAAUUGGAACUUGAAGCCAGAGAGAGAUGUAACACAAUCCCCGAAAGUAGUUCACCCAAGCCAUUUGAAAAUAGAAGCGAACGUUAUAGAGGGAAAUUGCCCUAUUCGUCAUCAACAUUGUUCUCUGGGAAAGGUCCGUCAUCUGUGCCAUACUGUAGUUAUUGUUCGAAGCAGCAUACAUCAGCAUCGUGCCCUAUUGUUACAGAUGUAGCUGCCCGUAGAGCAAUUCUAAGGAAAAAAGGGAAAUGUUUCUUAUGCCUCAGGUCUGGUCAUAUUAUAAAACAUUGUGACUCUCAGUAUAAAUGCCAAAAGUAUAGUGGUCAUCAUCAUUUAUCAAUCUGUGAAAAGAAUGCCAAUAAACCCCCUGUCCCGGGAGGCAAGAUAGAACAACAACAUGAGCCUGUGAGACAACUGCAAGUUAAUCAACCCAGUACUAAAUCAGAAACUGCACAGGGAACCCAAACUGAAACAUCUACUAUGUAUGUUGAGAGUAAUACAGCAGUUCUUCUACAGACAGCUCAGAGCUUAGUGGGCAAAGUUGGAAGUGAAUUAGUUGGAAAGCAUAAAGCUCGAAUUGUGUUUGAUUCAUGUAGUCAGCGAUCCUACAUAUCAAAUAGAUUGAGAAAUACCCUGAAUUUAGAGACGGUUGAGUCAGAAAACCUACUUAUUAAGACUUUUGGUGAUGAAGCUCCUAAAGUCCUCACAUGCAAUAGAGUUAAGUUCGCAGUAACAGAUACAAAAGGAAAUGAUAUUACGAUGGAUGCAUACAGUGUACCUACAAUCUGCAGUCCAAUUAGCAAUCAGUCAAUUAAAGUCGCACUUGAAGAAUACCCACAUCUUCGUGGUUUGAAUCUCGCAGGUACCCCAAGUAUGCCUGACGGUAGUGAUGUAGAAGUGGACAUAUUAAUAGGUGCAGAUUACUACUGGAAAUUCAUAACUGGCACAACAAAACGUGGUGCAAAACCUGGUCCUGUAGCUGUCCUUACUAGACUGGGAUGGGUACUGUCUGGACCUGUGAUCCAAGAGAAUCAGAGAAACCCUAGCUGUACGACCAACCUUAAUGCAACCCAUGUACUCCGUAUUGAUGCAGAACCAGUUAUAACUAACCCAACUGACAGUCUGUACAAUCAAUUAGAAAAAUUAUGGGAUCUUGAAACACUAGGAAUUCGAGACAACGAGCUUACCACCGAGUCUAAGUUUAUGGAAGAAAUAAUCUUCAAUGGAAAACAGUAUGAAAUUAAACUACCUUUUCGAGAAGAACACCCACUACUACCUGACAAUCAUACUGGCUCUGUGAAACGGUUUAAUUCCUUGAUAACCCGACUGAAGGCUAAACCCAAUCUUCUACAGGAGUAUGACAAUAUAAUAAAAGAUCAAAUAAAGUCUGGUGUUGUGGAAUCUGCUAAUAACGUCCUUGUUCCGGUUGGAAACGUUCAUUACCUUCCUCAUCGCGAAGUCAUUCGGGAAGAUAAGAAUACAACAAAAGUCAGAGUUGUAUACGAUGCAUCAGCAAAAGGUUCUGGAACAAGUUUGAAUGACUGUCUACAUACUGGACCAUCCCUCAACACCUUGAUCUUUGAUAUUCUGGUUCGAUUCCGUGUAUAUAAAGUAGCGAUGAUCGCAGAUAUCGAGAAAGCGUUCUUGAAUAUUGCUAUCUCACCAGAGCAUCGAGAUUAUUUACGCUUCUUUUGGAUCGAUGACAUUCAUGACACAAGCCCCAACAUUGUAACCUUAAGAUUUGCUCGAUUAGUGUUUGGUCUUACCUGCAGUCCAGCCAUCUUGAAUGCUGUACUCCAUCAUCACCUUACUCAAUAUUCCACCAUUGAUCCAACCUUUGUUACCAAAGUACUAAAGUCCCUCUACGUGGACGAUCUUGCGUCUGGUUCAAAUAAUCCGGAAUCGGCCUUGGAAUUGGCGAAGAAGAUCAAAACCCGAUUGUCUGAAGGUGGUUUCAAUAUGCGUAAAUGGAUGAGUAACAGCAAAGAAUUAAUGACAGAGUUUCAAAAUGAUCCACAAUUUUCAGAAAGUCUUCAACAACCGUCUAAUUUACCGAGUUCAGUAAAGGAGGAAGAUCAAGGAUAUUCAAGGUCAAUCGUCGACCCGCAGCAACUCGACUCCCACCCUCGUGUCUUAGGCCAAGUAUGGAAUCCCCAAACGGACACUUUAAUUAUGAUUUUUUCUGCGGCCUUGAAGAAUGUCGAGACAAAUUCUAUCACGAAGAGAAGCAUACUAAGCAUCGCAGCAAAGUUUUAUGACCCGUUAGGUCUUAUAUCUCCAGUCACCCUUCGAUUCAAACAAAUGUUGCAAGAGUUGUGUAAGAGCAAAGUCGACUGGGAUGAACCACUGAAUGACGAAUUCUGCGAAGAAUGGAAUAAGAUUGUCCAGAAAUUGAAAGAAGCCAACAACAUGAGUAUCCCAAGAUGUUAUUGUCCAGAUUCUUUCAGUGGUGAAAUAAAGUCAACUGAGUUGCAUUCCUUUGGAGAUGCGUCCGAAAGUUCUUACGGUGCGUGUGUCUACGUAAGAUGUGAACACUCAGAAGGUAUUCAUUGUGAUCUAGUUGCUUCAAAAACAAGAGUGGCCCCAAUGUCGAAGCAGACAAUUCCUCGGUUGGAAUUAUUAUCAAGUCUUCUAGCAUCCCGGUUAACUGAAAGCGUGAAGACAGCCUUGAAUGACGUCAAGAGAAUCGAUUCAGUCACCUAUUGGUCUGAUUCAACUGUAGUGCUUAGUUGGAUACGAAAUUCUAACAAAGAAUUCAAACAAUUUGUUGAAAACCGAUUAUUAGAGAUAAGAACACUGGCACCCCCCGAAUUAUGGAAGUAUGUACCUACAACAGCAACCCAGCUUGUAGAAAACAAAUUGUGGUGGAAUGGUCCUGAAUUUUUGAUAAAGUCUAAUGAACAUUGGCCAUCCCAACCUUCCAAUUCCCAAGAGGACGAUUCCGAGUUAAAAUCUCCGCGAGUAAGCGUUAAUACGUCAAUCGUUAAUGUCGCACAAAUUCCAAAUAUCACGGAAUUGAUAAAUACCUUGGAAUACAGCACUAUUGGAAGAUUACUUCGAGUUACAGCGUAUGUCCUACGUUUUAUUAACAAUCUCAAGAAACGCGUAGAGAAUCUUGAUACCACGGUUGGACAGAUUACCUGUGAGGAGAUCGACAGCGCAGAACUGAAAUGGAUUAAAGACAUUCAGCAUCCAAUGUCCAAACAAGCAAAUUAUCGAAAAGUAAAGGAGUCUUUAAACUUGUUCGAAGAUAAAGAGAACAUUAUACGAUGCCAUGGACGAAUAUAA